CCAUUAACUGUCGGCUUCUCAUUUCUCUCUCGUGACGACGCCUCCCUCCAAAUUUCAUAAAAAAAACCACCCAUUUCUCCAAACAGUUAACCCGCAAAACCGAACCAUGACCGCCAUUUUUGCUCUGAUAAUAAUUCUCUGUUCUCUGUCGCCAUUGUUAAUUGAAUCAAGCUACCAUGAAUAUAAAGAAGCAUUAUCCAAAUCCAUUCUGUUCUUUGAAGGCCAACGGUCCGGUUAUUUACCGCAAGAUCAACGGGUUACUUGGCGGGCUAAUUCGGGUUUGGGCGACGGGUGGAGUUACAAUACGGAGUUAACCGGCGGUUAUUAUGACGCCGGUGAUAAUGUUAAGUUUGGAUUUCCGAUGGCGUUUACGACUACAAUGUUGUCGUGGAGUGUGAUUGAAUUUGGUGAGUUAAUGCCGCCGGAGGAACUGAGGAAUUCUCUGGUUGCUGUUCGUUGGAGUACUGAUUACUUGCUUAAAACGGUUUCUCAGCUGCCAAACAGGAUUUUUGUUCAGGUGGGGGAUCCAAAUGCAGACCAUAGUUGUUGGGAGAGACCAGAAGAUAUGGACACUCCUAGGACAGUUUAUGCAGUGGAUGCACCUAAUCCGGCAUCAGAUGUAGCCGGUGAGACCGCAGCGGCUUUGGCAGCUUCGUCGAUGGCGUUUCGAUCAUCGGACCCGGGAUAUGCCGAGACAUUGCUCAGAAAUGCCAUUAAAGCCUUUCAAUUUGCUGACAAUUAUAGAGGAGCUUAUAGUGACAAUUCAAACAUUAGAGAUGGUGUCUGUCCAUUUUACUGUGAUUUUGAUGGAUAUCAAGAUGAAUUGCUAUGGGGAGCAGCUUGGCUUAGAAGGGCAUCUUAUGAUGAUACUUAUCUUAGUUAUAUACAAAACAAUGGCAAAACACUUGGUGAUGAUGAUAAUAUUAAUGAAUUUGGUUGGGACAACAAGCAUGCUGGCUUAAAUGUUCUUGUUUCCAAGGAAGUUUUAGAGGGAAACAUGUACUUACUGGAAUCAUACAAAGCAUCAGCAGAUAGCUUCAUGUGCACGCUUCUCCCGGAAUCCACCUCCUCCCACAUCGAAUACACUCCCGGCGGCCUCAUCUACAAGCCCGGCGGCAGCAACUUACAGCACGCCACCACCAUCUCAUUCCUCGCACUCGUCUACGCAAAUUACCUCGAACGAACCUCACAGUCCGUCAACUGCGGCAACAUUAACGUCAGUCCGUAUUCCCUCCGUCGUCAAGCCAAACGACAAGUCGACUACAUUUUAGGCGAUAAUCCGUUAGGAUUAUCAUACAUGGUUGGAUACAGUGAUAAUUAUCCUCGCCGGAUUCAUCACCGCGGCUCUUCGUUACCGUCGAUUAAGGAUCAUCCUGAGUUUAUGGCGUGUAAGGAAGGAUCGGUUUAUUUUAACUCUUCGAAUCCAAACCCUAAUUUGCUCAUCGGAGCGAUUGUCGGCGGACCGAGUGAGGAUGACACGUAUGGUGAUGAUCGUGCUGAUUAUAAGAAGUCGGAGCCGACUACUUAUAUUAAUGCUCCGUUUGUUGGCGUGCUUGCUUAUUUUGCGGCGCAUGCUGAUUUUAGUUGAUACUGAGAUUACUGAGGUGAUUUUUUGUAUAUAAGAUAGCAUUGUAUUGGAAAUGCUCUAAGUUACGGAAAAGAAUGUCUCUCAUCUUGGCAAAAGCGAAGAGGGUAGAGGCGGAUUGGAUUUUUGGAAGGGGAUUGUAAUAUUUCAUUGCGAGUUUGAGUUAAAUUUGAGAUGUAGAAUCUUGAUGUAUCUUCAAAUUUGAUUAAUGGAAAUGAAAGGUUUCUGUUUUAGUAAAA